UACAGCAUAAAAUUUGAGAUUUGAUUAGAAAUUACUUCUAUUAACGUCAACUUCUUCCGAAAAAAAAAAGGAAAAAGAAAAGAAAACCUUCAAUAAUGGCUGCUAACCUUCACCACCAACCCCUGCAAUCCACAUCAUCUUUCACUUCCUUUACCAAUUUCCCCCAAUUCGAUUUCUCAAUUAGGGUUUCCACAUCUUCGAUUCUCCUUUCUUCUCGUAAUUUGCCACCUCGUUAGUCUUUAUUUUUGAUUAGUUUUGUUAUAUUUUCGAUUUGACGGUUUUCAACGAGCUUUAAACCCUAAGAUUUGGUCGUUUGUGGUCAAAUCGAGUUUGAUCAAUUCAAUUGUUGUUUGUUGUGCAAAUUCAACUGUUUUUCGACGCAUUAGAAAAGCAGAAUUCAGUGUUUUCGAUUUGAGUUUUGUGUUGAAAAGAUAAAUUGAGGAAAAAUAUGAGGAAUUCAAAGAGGAAGAAGAAGAGAGCGCAGCAAAGUAGUAAUGUUUCUGAAAACACCAAAAUUAAUGGUGAAAGUGAGCAACAAAAGAUGAUAAAUAGUUUGGUGGAAGUAUUUUCAUAUGCUACAAUUGAAGAAGUGGAAGCAGUUUUUAAGGAGGUAAACGGUGAUCCAAACAAAGCAGCUGAGAUUUUAAGUGGUUUACCUGAUAAUUCUGAGGCUUUUCAAGCUAGUUGUUCGAGUUCGAAUAAAAGUUUUGGAUUGGAUUCUAAUUCUUCUGAGGGUUUUGUGGAAUCAAACAGUUCUUCUGAUAGCUUUAGUAGUAGGAGUUCCAGGGGGAAUAGAGGGAGGAAGUUGGUGGCAACUACCGGAACUGUUUCGACUCUUAUAGGGAAAGAUUAUGUACCUUCGAGUUCGAGGAAGGAGGCGGUGAAGGAAAAAGGAUAUGGUGGUGCCAAGGUUAAUGUAGAGGAGGCAGAGCAAUUUCUCUGCUCUAUGCUUGGAGAUGACUGUGAACUCAGCAUGGGUGUUGUUAGAGAUGUGCUAUGUAGCUGUGGAUUUGAUGUUGAAAAGGCGUUAGAAGUGUUGCUUGAUUUAUCUGCUCCUCAAUGUGAAUCAUCUGGGAGUGAUAAGUACUCUAGCUCUGGUUCAAGCAAUGCCGAAUAUCCGAGAAAUAUAGAUUUUAUUGACGAUUUUUGGCAGCUGAGUGAUAAGGGCUAUGAUACGAAUUCAUAUUCCUCUGAAAGUGACGUUCCCGACAAUGUACGGCUGCUUGACUUUAAUGGCAGGAGUUAUGCAGAAGCUCUAGUUUCCUCGUCUGAUUCUUCAAGUAAGCCGACUGCAGCAAGUCUUAGAACUGAUGGGUCUGAGCUGCCACAACAAGUUUUAGAAUCUUUAUUCAAUAUCCCUAAGAGUUCGAAGCACGAUCCAGGUGCCAUGAGCUGGAGGAAUGUUGUGAAGCAAUUGGAGUCUUUUGCACAGAAGCGAGUCCAACUUGUUCCUUCUGGAUUUAUUGCACAGGAGUUGAAGACCCAAGGCAAGGAGUAUCAGGUGUUUAGGGAAACAGCACGACAGCAAUGGGAUAAAAUGAGAACCUGCUACCAACAGGCUGCUACUGCAUAUUCCAGUGGAGAAAAGAACUAUGCUACUCACAUGUCUGAGCAGGGUAAAUUGUACAGAAAAAUGGCUCAAGAAGCAGAUGAAAAAGCAAGCAUGCAAAUUUUUAAGGCCAGGAACAAGGCGAUAGAAAAUGUUUUGACAAUUGAUUUGCAUGGGCAACACGUCAAACCAGCCAUGAGGCUUGUAAAGCUUCAUCUUUUAUUUGGAACAUACAUUUCAUCUGUGCAAUAUUUGCGGAUAAUUACAGGAUGCGGGUCUAGUGGUCUUGGGAAGUCGAUGCUCAAACAGUCGGUAGUGAACCUUCUAAAGAAUGAAGGAAUUGAGUGGAGGGAAGAGAACCAGGGAACAGUGCUCAUUAGACUUGAUGAACCGAAAGAAUUCAGCUUCCUCGAUUCUGGAAGUGACGGUGAUUCUGAUUAAGAGUUGAAAGCACUCGAUAUCCAGAGCAAAGUUGUAAAAAAAACUAACUGUAGCCUUCUGCAAGACUUUAUAGGAUUGAUUCAUCUGCAGCAAUUUUGUAGAUGUUCUACUGACUUAAAACUUGUAUUUAUUGUUUGGGAUGGCAGGAAAAUAGAAGUAGGAUUAGCCUUAGGCGAGUCUAAUACAGCAUACUUCGGUUGAGAGGACUAUUUUCCAGGCUAUCCAGCAUUUGCUAUUCUUGUGUAAAUUUAUCAGAUCAAUGUCAAUACAUUUUCCAAUCAGUCAUUCA